AUGGGCAAAAAAGAGAAGAGUGAACCAAAAGAUAAAAAAGAGGUGCAAAAAGAACAGCAAUAUACAAAUUAUUUAUAUCCAAAAGUUGAAAUACCUCCAGAAAACUAAGGAUGGAUGCAUAUUAAGUUUAUUUUGAUAGAAAAUAAUUGGCACUUUGCUGAUUUUGAGUUAGAUAUGAAGGCAAAAGAUCCAAUUUUUUGUGUAUUGAGCAAAAUUGAAAACAGGCAUGGAAAGAUUUGUAAUGUUAAGUUGUACAAAGACCUGGAAAAAAAAGAAGAGAUCAAUUUUACUGACACAUUAGGUGAAGCAUAUAAAACAUAAGGAGAGAUCAAAAAGUAAGAUGCAAAAUCAUUUAAUUUAUACUAUGUCUUUGAUGUCAAUAUUAAAUCACCUUUGCUAUUAUAUGAAAUGAACUGA